GCCCAGUGUGCCCGCCAGCCAUGCUGGGACCCCAGGCCCACCUCCUGCUUUGCUUGCUGGCCCUCUGCUUGGCUGGCCCUGGCUUCGUGAAGGUACAGAAGGUGCGGUCCAAGCGCUGUGAUGUGAAGACCAGGUUCGUCACUCAUGUCCCCUGCACCUCGUGUGCGGCCAUCAAGAAUCAAGUGUGUCCCUCGGACUGGACUCCCUAUUUCCCACAGAAGAUCUCCCAGGGCUGCCGCUACGAGGUCCAGCUGGGGGACUCCCUGAUGUCCAUGAGUGGCUGCAGCCUGGAGUGUUGGAAGGACGUUGUACAGAAGGCCUGUUGCCCUGGCUACUGGGGGUCUCAGUGCUAUGAAUGCCCUGGAGGUGCUGAGACCCCGUGUAAUGGCCAUGGGACCUGCCUGGAUGGUGUGGCCGGGAACGGGACCUGCGUGUGCCAGGAAAAUUUCAGCGGCUCAGCCUGCCAGGAGUGUCGGGAUGCCACCCACUUUGGGCCCAACUGCCUGUCGGUGUGCAGCUGUGUACAUGGCGUGUGCAAACACGGGCCCCAAGGAGAUGGCAGCUGCCUGUGCUUUGCUGGAUAUACUGGCCCACGCUGUGACCAAGAGGUACCCGCCUGCCAGGCCCUGCGCUGUCCACAAAACUCCCAGUGCUCGGCAGAGGCCCCCUCCUGCCAGUGUCUGCCUGGAUAUACUAAGGAGGGCAACAAAUGCCUGCCACCCAACCCCUGCCAGCCCUCGCCCUGCUCCCCACUGGCCCAGUGCUCUGUGAGCCCAAUGGGACAGGCCCGCUGCUACUGUCCUGAAAACUACCAUGGGGAUGGGACAGUGUGUCUGCCCCAGGACCCAUGCACCGCCAACUUCGGGGGCUGUCCCAGCAAUUCCACUCUGUGUCUGUAUCAGAAGCCUGGCAAGGCCAUCUGCUCGUGCCAGCCGGGUCUGGUGAGCAUCAAGGAGAACCCAGCUGCUGGCUGCAUUGCCCUGUGCCAUGGCCGCUCCUGUGACCAGUCAGCCACCUGCCAGGUGACCCCCAAUGGGAAGACCAGCUGCGUGUGUAAGGAGGGUGAAAUAGGGGAUGGGCGUGCCUGCUAUGGACACCUGCUCCAUGAGAUCCAGAAGGCCAACCAGAAAGGCCUGAUGAUCCUGAGGCUUCAAGUGGCCAUCAGCAUGCUGGAGCAGGGCUGCCGAGAGAUCCUCGCCACAUCUGGCCCCUUCACGGUGCUUGUACCGUCCAUCACAUCGCAUUCCUCCCUGUUCCCCAGGACCAUGAACACUUCCUUUGCCCAGCAGCUCUGCAGGCAAUACAUCAUUGCGGGGCAGCACCUUCUGGAUGACACGAGGCCCACAAACACGUACAGAUGGUGGACGCUGGCUGGCCAGGAGGUCACCAUCUCUCUGAACCGCUUACCGAGGUACACCUAUAAGUACGGCAGCCAGUCCCAGCAGAUGGGCAGCAUCCAGAGGACCAACUAUGUGGCCGCCAACGGUGUCUUUCACAUGGUGAGCGUGCAGCGCUUGCAGCCAUUUGCCGGGCUCACCGUGGACUCAGAGAAAACCAUUGGCCAGAUCCUGGCCUCUAAGGAAGUCUUCAGCCGCUUUGAGACCAUCCUGGAGAACUGCGGGUUACCUUCCAUCCUGGAGGGGCCCGGGCCCUUCACAGUCUUCGUCCCCAGCAAUGAGGCCGUGGACAGCCUGCGUGAUGGCCGCCUCAUCUACCUCUUCACAGCUGGGCUCUCCAAACUGCAGGAGCUGGUGAGGUACCACAUCUACAACCAUGGCCAGCUGACCGUGGACAAGCUCCUCUCCAAGGGCCGUGUCCUGACCAUGGCCAACCAGGUGCUGGCUGUGAACAUCUCCGAAGAGGGGCGCAUCCUGCUGGGACCUGAGGGCAUUCCAGUGCGGACAGUGGACUUGCUGGCAGCCAAUGGCGUGAUCCACCUGCUGGAGGGCAUCCUGCUGCCACCAACUAUCCUGCCCAUCCUGCCCAAGCAUUGCAAUGAGGAGAAGCACGAGAUUGUGGUGGGCUCCUGUGUGGACUGCCAAGCUCUGAACACCAGCACCUGUCCCCCGAACAGCGUGAGGCUGGACAUGUUGCCCAAGGAGUGUGUCUACACCCACGACCCAGCUGGGCUCAACGUGAUGAGGAAGGGCUGUGCCCAGUACUGCAACCAGACUGUCACGAAGCUCGGUUGCUGUAGAGGCUUCUUUGGGCCUGAGUGCACGCAGUGUCCCGGAGGGUUCUCCAACCCCUGCUACGGCAAGGGCAGAUGCAACGAUGGGAUCCAGGGCAACGGGGCCUGCCUCUGCUUCCCGGACUACAAGGGCAUCGCCUGCCACAUCUGCUCCAACCCAAACAAACACGGGGACAAGUGCCAGGAAGACUGUGGCUGUGUCCAUGGGCUGUGUGACAACAGACCAGGCAGUGGAGGCGCGUGCCAGCAUGGCACAUGUGCCCCUGGCUUCAGCGGCCGCUUCUGCAACGAGUCCACGAUGGACUGUGGCCCCACGGGGCUAUCGCAGCUCUGCCACCUGCAUGCCCGCUGCGUGAGCCAGGCCGGUGUUGCCAGAUGUGUCUGCCUUGACGGCUUCGAGGGUGAUGGCUACUCCUGUGUGCGCAGUGACCCCUGUUCCCGCCCAGACCGCGGGGGCUGCUCAGAAAACGCUGAGUGUAUCCCUGGGGCCCGGGGAAGUUACAACUGCACGUGUCACAAAGGCUGGAGCGGGGAUGGCCGCGUGUGUGUGGCCAUCGAUGAGUGUGAGCUGGAUGCUCGUGGUGGUUGCCACAAGGAUGCCCUCUGCAGCUACGUGGGGCCCGGGCAGAGCCGGUGCACCUGCAAGUUGGGUUUUGCUGGGGAUGGCUACAAGUGCAGCCCCAUUGACCCCUGCCGAGCAGGCAAUGGAGGCUGCCAUGGCCUGGCCACCUGCCGUGCAGUGGGGGGAGGCCAGCGGGUCUGUAAGUGCCCCGCUGGCUUUGGAGGUGAUGGCUUCAGCUGCUAUGGAGACAUCUUGCGGGAGCUAGAAGCAAAUGCCCACUUCUCUGUCUUCUAUGAGUGGUUCAAGAACGCCAGCGUCACCCUUCCUGCUGACAGCCAAGUCACAGCCCUGGUGCCCUCUGAGGCAGCCAUCCGCAGAAUGAGCCCCGAGGACCGGGCCUUCUGGCUGCAGCCAAGGAGGCUGCCCGACCUGGUCAGGGCCCAUUUCCUGCAGGGUACCCUCUCUGAGGAGGACCUGGCCCGGCUGGGUGGGCAGAACGUGGCCACCCUGAGUUCUGUGCACUGGGAGAUUCGCAACACUAGUGGGAGAGUCUGGGUGCAGAACGCCAGUGUGGAUGUGGCUGACCUCCUCGCCACCAAUGGUGUCCUGCACAUCAUCAGCCAGGUCUUACUGCCUCCGCGAGGCGUCGUACAGACUGGACCAGGCUUGCUGCAGCAGCUGAGCUCUGUGCCUGCCUUCGGCCUCUUCCGUGACCUGCUGCAGCACCACCAGCUGGUGUCCCAGAUCGAGGCUGCCACUGCCUACACCAUCUUCGUGCCCACAAAUCACUCACUAGAAGCCCAGGGCAACAGCAGCAACCUGGAUGCAGACACGGUGCGCCACCACGUGAUCCUGGGGGAGGCACUGUCCCCCGCAGCCCUGCAGAGAGGGGGCCAUCGCAACUCCCUCCUGGGUCCCGCAUACUGGCUUGUCUUCUACAACCACAGUGGCCAGCCGGAGGUGAAUCAUGUGCCGCUGCAAGGCCCCGUGCUGCAGGCUCCCGGCCGCUCACUGUUCGGCCUCUCGGGGGUCCUGACCGUGGACUCAAGCCGCUGCCUGCACAGCCACAAUGAGGCCGUGAGGGAGAAAUGCAUCAACUGCUCCCGGAAGUAUCGCUGCUCUCAGGGCUACCAGCUACAGGACGUACCCAAGAGGAAAUGCCUCUACAAGUCUGGCCGGUCCGUUUUCCAGGGCUGCAUCUACACUUGUGCCAAGAAGAUCCAGGUGCCUGACUGCUGUCCUGGCUUCUUUGGCAUCUUGUGCGAGCCAUGCCCCAGGGGCCAGGGUGGCGUGUGCUCAGACCACGGGCAGUGCGAGGACAGGUUCCUGGGUGACGGCCAGUGCCGCUGCCGGGAGGGCUUCCACGGGACAGCGUGUGAGAUGUGUGAGCUGGGCCGCUACGGGCCCAAUUGCACUGGAGUGUGCGACUGUGCCCACGGGCUGUGCCAGGAGGGGCUGCGAGGGGAUGGCAGCUGUGUCUGUAACGUGGGCUGGCAGGGCCGCCGCUGUGACCAGAAAAUCAUCAACCCUCAGUGCCCUAAGGUGUGUGACCCCAAUGCCAACUGUGUGCAGGACUCGGCUGGCACCCCCACCUGCGUCUGUGCUGCAGGAUACUCCGGCAAUGGCAGCUUCUGUGCAGAAGUGGACCCCUGUGCCCAUGGCCACGGGGGCUGCUCCCCCCAUGCCAACUGCACCAAGGUGGCACCUGGGCAGCGGACAUGCACCUGUCAGGAUGGCUACACAGGCGAUGGCGAGCUGUGUCAGGAGAUUAACAGCUGUCUCAUCCACAAUGGGGGCUGCCAUGUGUACGCCGAUUGUAUCCCCACCGGUCCCAAGCAGGUCUCCUGCAGCUGCCGCGAGGGUUACAGCGGGGAUGGCAUCCAGACCUGUGUGCCUCUGGACCCCUGCUCCCAGAACAACGGAGGCUGCAGCCCGUAUGCCAUAUGCAACAGCACAGGAGCCGGCCAGAGAACAUGCACCUGUGAUGUGCUCCACACUGUCGGGGAUGGCUUCACCUGCCGCACCCAUGUCGGCCUGGAGCUCCUUCGGGACCAGCAGGCCUCAUUCUUCGGCCUCCACCUCCUGGAACACAAGGAACUCAAAGGCAAGGGACCCUUCACCAUCUUCGUGCCUCGCAUGGAUCUAAUGGCCAACCUGUCACAGGAUGAACUAGACCGGAUUCGGGCAAAUCGCCAGCUUGUGUUCCACUAUCACGUGGUUGGCUGUCGGCAGCUGCAGAGCCAGGAUCUGUUGAAUGAGGGCUAUGCCACCGCCCUCUCAGGACAUACCCUGCGCUUCAGUGAGAGGGAGGGCAUCAUUUACCUGAACGACUUCGCACGCGUGGUGAGCAGCGACAACCAGGCGGUGAACGGCGUCCUGCACUUCAUUGAUCAUGUCCUGCUGCCACCGGAAGUGCUCCACUGGAAGCCAGACACUGCCCCGGUCCCUCUGAGAAACAUCUCAGAAGCCGCCGAGAGCUUCGGAUACAAGAUCCUCAGCCGCCUACUGAGGGUGUCUGGCGUCCUGCCUCUGCUUCGAGCUGUGUCCCACAGGCCCCUCACCAUGCUGUGGCCCACAGAUGCUGCCCUCAAAGCCCUGACCCCUGAUCGUCAGGCCUGGCUGUACCAUGAGGACCACAAAGACAAGCUGGCAGCCAUUUUACGGGGUCACGUGAUCCGCAACAUGGAGGCCACAGCAUCUGACCUGCCUAACCUGGGCCCUCUUCGAACACUGCACGGAAACCUCAUCUCCUUCUCGUGUAGCCAGGCCCGACCUGGGGAGCUCAUGGUGGGAAAUGAUGAGGGCCGCAUCGUGCAGAGGCACCUACCCUUUGAGGGGGGCCUGGCCUAUGGGAUUGACCAGCUGCUGGAACCACCAGGCCUCGGUGCCCGCUGUGACCGCUUUGAGACCCGGCCCCUGAGAACAGUGAGUGGUUGCAGUAUCUGUGGGAUGGAGCCUCCCUGUCCUGCAGGUUUUCGGGAACAGGGCAAACCCGAGAACUGCUGGCGCUACUUCCCCAAGUUCUGGCCCCCUCCUGCACUGCACUCCUGGGGGCCACACAGCACCUGGAUGCGAUCCAGCUUCUGGAGCCCGCCACAGCACAGCCUGGCCAGGGGUUGCCACCGUAACUGUGUCACCACGACCUGGGUGCCCAGCUGUUGCCCUGGUCACUACGGCAGUGACUGCCAAGCUUGCCCUGGUGGCCCUGGCAGCCCCUGUAGCAAUCACGGCAUAUGCCUGGACGGCAUGAGUGGCACUGGUCGGUGUGUAUGCCAGUCAGGUUUUGCUGGGAUUGCCUGCGAGUUCUGUACCCCCGGUUUCUUUGGACCCCAGUGCCAAGCCUGCCGCUGCACCUCUCACGGUCACUGUGACGAGGGCCCUGGGGGCUCUGGCUCCUGCUUCUGUGACGAAGGCUGGACGGGGUCACGCUGUGAGGCGCAGCUGAAGGUGGAGCCUGUGUGCACCCCACCUUGUGCACCCCACGCCGUGUGCCGUGAAGGCAACAGCUGUGAGUGCAGCGUGGGCUUCGUAGGGAACGGCAGUGUGUGUUCAGGUAAGGAGUGCCGGGAAGGGAUCGACUGCGGCAAGCAUGCCAGCUGCAGGAUGGAGGGGGUAGCGUUCACCUGUGUCUGCCCGCCUGGCUAUGACAGUGAUGGCUAUGACUGCUGGGCCCACAACCCCUGUGCAGGCAGCGACCGCGGGGGCUGCAGUGAGCACGCCGACUGUCUCCACACGGGCCCAGACACAUGGCACUGUGAGUGCCACGCAGGCUUCGUGGGCGACGGGAAACAGUGUCUGCAGGAGUCUGAGCCGCCGGUGGACCGCUGCCUGGACCAGCCACCACCCUGCCACGUGGAUGCCGUGUGCACAGACCUGCACUACCAGGAGAAGCGGGCUGGCGUUUUCCACCUCCAGGCCAGCAGUGGCCCACACAGCCUCACCUUCUCGGAGGCCGAGGCAGCCUGUGGGGCCCAGGGGGCUGUCCUUGCUUCGCUUCCUCAGCUCUCGGCUGCCCAGCAGCUGGGCUUUCACCUGUGUCUUACGGGUUGGCUGGCCAACGGCUCUGCUGCCCACCCUGUUGUCUUCCCUGCGGCUGACUGUGGUAAUGGCCAGGUGGGCGUGGUUAGCCUGGGUCCCCGGAUGAACCUCUCAGAGCGCUGGGAUGCCUACUGCUACCGUGUGCAAGAUGUGAGCUGCCAGUGCCGAGCUGGCCUCGUGGGUGACGGGAUUGACACGUGCAACGGGAAGCUGAUGGACGUCCUGGCUGCCACUGCUACCUUCUCUACCUUCUAUGAGAUGCUGCUGAGCUAUGCUAAUGCCUCCCAGCGGGGUUUUGACUUCCUGAACUUCCUGAAUGAUGAGCUCACCUAUAAGACGCUCUUUGUGCCCCUCAAUGAAGGCUUUCUGGGCAACAUGACGCUGAGCGGUGCAGAUCUGGAACUGCACGCUUCCAACGCCACACUCCUGAGCACCAAUGCCAGCCACAGCACCUUGCUCCCCACAUACUUGGGCCUCAGCCUCCUUGUAGGUGGCCUGGGCCCGGACAACACUUCUGGGGUUCCCAUGGCCCCGGGCGCAGUUGUGGUUAGCCAUGUGAUCAUGUGGGACAUCAUAGCUGUCAACGGCAUCAUCCACACUCUGGCCAGCCCACUCCUGGCACCCCCCCAGCCCGAGCCUGUGCUGGCACCUGAGGCAGCAGGUGUGGGGGCUGUAGGGGCCGUGGUAGCCGCUGGAACGCUGCUCGGCCUGGUGGCCGGAGCCCUCUAUGUCCGUGCCCGGAGCAAGUCCACGGGCUUCGGCUUCUCCACCUUCCAGGCGGAAGACAAUGCUGAUGACGACUUCUCCCCGUGGCAAGAGGGGGCCAGCCCGACCCUCGUCUCCGUCCCCAACCCAGUCUUCGGCAGCCAUGACGCCUUCAGUGAGCCCCUGGACUCGCUCCUGGAUGACGACUUCCCUGACACCCAGAGGAUCCUGGCAGUGCAGUGACUUGGUCGGGCUGAGGUGAACAUGCAGAAGGCGCCAGAAGGAGACAUUUAUUGCUUGUCAGGACGGAUGCCAGAG